AUGACCAUUAAUCCCUUAACUGCAGAGGAUUUUGAAGGACUAGAGAAACAUGAGGGAAAGUGGGUGGAGAUCUUUCGGGUCAAAGUUGAACGUGCCUUUCAAGAUAAAAUGGUAGUGGUCUUCGACACAAAAGCCCAUUUUGAUGACCCUAUAAGGGCAGAGAUGGUGUUUUACACUAGGGAUAACAUUGAGAGUGAGAUCAAAUGUGUGGCAACUUACGCUCAUGCAUAUGCCUUCCGAGAUCAGUUUGAAAUUAUGAGGGGUCGUGGACAUGUGAUUGUGGUGCUUAAGAUGUGGAAGAUCUGUAACUGUUUCAAGACCGAGGGUGGAUUCUCAGAUUUCAGGUUCAAUCCGUGUUUAGAGGAGGUUGAGGAGUUUAGACAAUCGGUUAAUAGCAGUGACCCUUAUGUUGGGAGGCACGGGGCUAUAUGA